AUGCCAGUUAUGGAUCCUGUUACAAUAGAACCUUGUGAUGUGAGUUGUGCAAUCCGUUCGGCUCAUAACUGGAAAAGUCCUGGGCCCGAUGGAUUGCCCAAUUUCUGGAUCAAAUGGUUCAAGAGUUCGCAUUUCUGUCUGGCAGCUCAAUUCCAGGCUGCCAUCGACCUGGGUAGUCUCCCAACCUUUAUGACCACAGGGGUCACCCACCUUUUGUUCAAAUCCGGUUGUACCACGGAAGCUAAGAACUAUAGACCCAUUACUUGUUUACCAACAUUAUAUAAGUUGCUUACGUCCAUUUUGAGCUCAAAAUUAACAAAGCAUCUCAAAGAUCUUUUGGCCAAAACUCAAAAUGGAUGUAGACCUGGGUCCCGUGGUACGAAGGAACUACUCCUCAUAGAUAUGACCAUCAACCAACAGGGUGACAGCUUGAGUCCGCUGUGGUUCUGCCUGGCCUUGAAUCCUUUAAGCACAUUGCUAAACGAAUCAAGGCUGGGCUUUCAGCUUCGUAGAGGGGGUGCAGUCAUAUCUCAUCUUCUAUACAUGGAUGACCUCAAGCUUUUCGCAUCGAAAAAGACCGACCUAGUGGAACUGCUCAAAAUAACUGAAAAGUUCAGUAGUUCCAUCGAGAUGGAGUUUGGUGUCGAAAAGUGUGCGGUCAUGUAUGUACAGCGAGGGAGAGUUGCAAGCUCUGAUGGGCUACAACUCACCGAAAGUAUGUCCUUCAGAUCCCUCUCCGAAGGUGAGACCUACAAGUACCUUGGUAUAUCACGGUCGUUGGGUAUUGUUGAUGAGGAUGUAAAACAUCUGAUAAAAGCACGAUUCUUUGGUCGCCUGAGAAAAGUCCUAAAUAGUCUUCUAUCAGGUGGUAACAAGUUUCGCGCUUUUAACAGCUGGGUUAUGCCCUCGUUAACUUACUCCUUUGGUAUACUAAGGUGGACUCAAACAGAGCUGGAUAUCUUGGACCGAAGGGUCCGUUGCAUGCUGACCACACAUCGGAUGCAUCACCUACGAUCGUCGGUUAUGAGAUUGUAUAUCCCACGGAAAUGUGGUGGCCGAGGCCUCCUUAAUGCUAAGGACAUGCAUAACCGUGAGGUAUACAAUCUACGGGAGUAUUUCCUGAAAAUCGAUGAGGAAAUACAUCGAGAUGUGGUGUCGGUAGAUAAGGGGCUCACCCCGCUCUCUCUUAAUAACGAGAACUGGCGUAAACACUCAGUGUUGAGCACCUCCGAGCGUUUAGAUAUAUGGAAGAGCAAGGAGUUACACGGCAGGUUUUAUCGGGCUCUGCAUGGGCCUGAUGUAGACCUGCCUGCCUCUGUGAACUGGCAACGUUUCGGCGACCUCUUUGGGGAAACCGAGGGCUUUGUCUGUGCAAUUAUGGACGAAGUUAUCAAGACGAACAACUACCGGAAAUACAUUAUGAGGGACGGCACGCUAGAUGUCUGUCGUUUGUGCCACUGCCCCGGCGAGUCCCUCAGACAUGUCACUUCCGGUUGUUCUCGCCUUGCUAACUCCGAGUACUUGCACAGACACAAUAGUCCAAGAGCCCUACAGGUAAGAAUGAUCCCCACCCAUGAAGCUGAGGCAGCGGUGGCUUUGGUAGGUAACAGGUAA